AUUCUUCUUUACUUGACUUGAUCUGCUAAUCAUGUGUUUACUCUAGUUCUGUUGCCCUACAACUUACUAUAGUGAGGGGCAAAUGUAGGACAUCUUAAUAUGUUUAUCAUGUCUCUAACACACACAUGUAUCAGGUUAUAGAAGGUCCUUAUGGAAGAUUUAUUUCACUGACAAACAUCAAAUGUAUUUGAUCAGUUUGAUCUAGUACCCAGUAGAAAACUGUAAUGACAUUGAUAUCAACCCUGAUUUUCAUGUAAAUUUUCAUUUUCCAUUUUUACCUCCACAAAGGAUUCGGUGAAUUUAGAAAUUGUGAACAAAAAAUAUAGGACACCAUUGCUUGAAGCUGUUUCGAACGGUCACCUCGGAAUAAUUCAGAGGCUGAUAGCCAGGGGUGCGAAUGUAAAUGCUCUCGACUAUGGAGGAGAUAAUUGCCUGCACCUGGCGUUAGCAACCAAAGAAUUUAAUUCUGAGGUGGAGCACAUGACCAUGUUAGAUCAGUUCUGCGUAGAGCUGAAACUGGGAAACGAAGAAAGGUGCUCUGGUGUGGUAGUUGCCAGCUACCUAGCCCACCACGGGGCCAACUUUUACUGUAAAAACAAAAGUGGUAGAACACCAUUGGACCUAAUAAAAAAGGAAAAUUUAAAAAAGAUGUUAAAUAUGUUAUUCCCACCGCACCAUGGUGGAGGAAGACGCAUGGAUCAGGCACUGAAGGGACCAAUCAGAUGUGUGUUUUGUGAAGACGAAGUGGCCACAGAGACGUUCUUUCCAUGUAAACAUCUUUCGCUGUGUAAGAAAUGCUGUCCCCAAAAGAUACCUAAACAAUGCCUCAAGUGUGGACAGAAUAUAACGAGCAAAAAUAGUUUGGAGGGUCCAAAGUCGUCAAAACCGGAAGUCCAGAUGUUGGCAGAACCACCUGUGAAUCGAACAUUUGAAGUCAAGGAAACACAGACAUUGGCUGAACCUGUAGUGAAUCGAACAUUUGAAGUCAAGGAAACACAGACACUGGCUGAACCUGUAGAGGCUCCAACGCAUGGGAAAUUCUCGAAGGUGUCAGAGCCUACAUCCUCUACAACAAAGCCAGUUGAGUCUCCAGUGUUAGAUGAAAAGUUUCUCCAAGAUGUCGCACAAAAUUUAGGGGGAAAAUGGCAACAAGUCGGAAGAGAAUUAGGAAUUAAAACUGUUCGAUUGGAAAUCAUCAAAAAUGACAAUCCUCUUGACACCGUUGAACAGAGCUUCCAGAUGCUGCGGAGAUGGUUUACAACUUGUGAUCCAGAGACACGAACACACAGAACACUCAGAGAAGCUCUUGAGAAAUGUGAGUGUUUCGAUGCACUCGAAUAUCUACCUCAUAUGAUGUAAAAUUUUGUGUAAAUGAUGUAAUUGUCUCAUCCGAGGUCAAUCGCGACCAAGCAGAGACCUAUAAUCAAAUGUCUUCUAGCCAGGGCUCUCCUGGCUUUAUCCUUAAUGUAGAGAACCCAGAACCACGUUGUCCUAUCUGUCCUUCUUUAAAGUGAUAAUUGUGAAUUGAGGAGGAUUUAGGUACUAAUUCUAGAAGAUCUCUCUACCAUAUAACAUUACCUUACUGGUUUGGCUCCUUUCUUCUUAAAGAUUAACUUCUGAAAUAAAGAUAAACUUUGAAAUGUU